GGCGGGCCACCCGGGCUCAGGCACCGCAGGCACCCCGCGCUAGCGCCCCUGAACAGGACCAGCGCCCCGGAGCGCACCCCGACAUGGCCGCCGAAGCCGGGCUCCCGCGCCGCAGCCGAGACUCGGGAUGACGCAACGGCGGCGGGUUGCAUCAGCCCGCACCCUCGCGCUCAGCCCGCCCCAUCGCCGCCCUGCCCCGGGCGCUGAUUGGGCCACGUUGGGCACUGACCUCCGUCUCAGCCAAUGGGCGGCAGCCACAGAGAGCGCAGUCUGUGGCGCCCUGGCGCGGGGCGCCCAUAAAAGGUACCCGAGACGGGGGGCGCGCGUCCCAAAGACGCCAAGUGUCGUUGUGGAGUCUCAGACGGCCGCGCCGCCGCCCGCUCGGCAUCCUUGAGCGCAGCCGAGCCGCCAACGCCGCAGACAUGGAGCCCGAGCCGCAGCCAGAGCCGCAGCCCGAGCAGGUCACGCUGCUGGUGAAGAGCCCCAACCAGCGCCACCGCGACUUGGAGCUGAGCGGCGACCGCAGUUGGAGUGUGAGCCACCUUAAGGCCCACCUGAGCCGAGUCUACCCCGAGCGCCCGCGCCCGGAGGACCAGAGGUUAAUAUAUUCUGGGAAGAUGCUGCUGGAUCACCAGUGUCUCCGAGACUUGCUUCCAAAGCAGGAAAAGCGACACGUUCUGCACCUCGUGUGCAGUGUGAAGAACCCCUCAAAAAUGCCAGAAGCCAGCACAAAGGGUGCUGAAUCCACAGAGCAGCUGGCUAACACUAAUCAGGCACAGCAUCCUGGGGAUUCCUCGAGCGAUGGUUUAAGGCAACGGGAAGUUCUUCGGAACCUUUCUCCCUCCGGAUGGGAGAACAUCUCAAGGCCUGAAGCUGUCCAGCAGGCAUUCCAAGGCCUCGGGCCUGGCUUCUCUGGCUAUACAACCUAUGGGUGGCUGCAGCUCUCCUGGUUCCAGCAGAUCUAUGCAAGACAGUACUAUAUGCAAUACUUAGCUGCCACUGCGGCAUCAGGAGCUUUUGUCCCAACACCAAGUGCACAAGAAAUACCUGUGGUCUCUACGCCGGCUCCAGCCCCUAUUCACAACCAGUUUCCAGCCGAAAACCAGCCAGCCAAUCAGAACGCAGCUGCUCAAGUGGUUGUUAAUCCUGGAGCCAAUCAGAACUUGCGGAUGAAUGCCCAAGGCGGCCCUCUUGUGGAAGAAGAUGAUGAGAUAAACAGAGACUGGCUGGAUUGGACCUACUCAGCAGCGACCUUUUCCGUGUUCCUCAGCAUCCUCUACUUCUACUCCUCCCUGAGCAGAUUCCUCAUGGUCAUGGGCGCCACCGUUGUCAUGUACCUGCAUCACGUUGGAUGGUUUCCAUUCAGACAGCGGCCGGUCCAGAACUUCCCUGAUGACGGUCCUCCUCAGGAAGCUGCAAACCAGGACCCCAACAAUAACCUCCAGGAAGGCACGGAUCCUGAAACGGAAGACCCCAACCGCCUUCCCCCAGAUCGUGACGUGCUGGACCCUGAGCAGACCAGCCCUUCGUUUAUGAGCACAGCCUGGCUGGUCUUCAAGACUUUCUUUGCCUCUCUUCUUCCAGAAGGCCCGCCAGCGAUAGCAAACUGAUGGCACUUGUGCUGUCGCUGGAGGCUUCAACAGCUCGGACUGGAUCAUCUGGCUCCAGCUCAUUGUCCUCACCUGGUGUGACUCAGCAGAGUCACUGAAAACCCACAGGAUGGUGAUGUGCUUUUGUGCCAAGCAGAAGCACAAACUAAGACAUGAAGCCGUGAUACAAACUGAACAGGGCCCCUCAUGUCUUUAUUCUGAAGAGCUUUAAUGUAUACUGUAUGUAGUUUCAUAGGCACUGUAAGCAGAAGGCCCAGGGUCGCAUGUUCUGCCUGAGCACCUCCCCAGAUGUGUGUGCAUGUGUGCUGUACAUGGAAGUCAUAGACGUGUGUGCAUGUGUGCUCUACAUGGAAGUCAUAGAUGCAGAAGUGGUUCUGCUGGUUCGAUUUGAUUCCUGUUGGAAUGUUCAAAUUACACUAAGUGUACUACUUUAUAUAAUCAGUGAAUUGCUAGACAUGUUAGCAGGACUUUUCUAGGAGAGACUUACGUAUAAUUGCUUUUUAAAAUGCAGUGCUUUACUUUAAAACGAGGGUGACUUGGCAGAGGUGUGAAGCCUUUGCUGGGUUUUCUGUUCAAUAAAGUUUUGCUAUGAA